GGUCACCAAAAGGGAGGUCGUGGAGUCCAGCUCAUUGGGUUUGAUUUCCGAAGGCAAUUCGGUCACCAGUUGCGUGGAGUUGGGCAAGUGACUCAAGCUCCCUAGGCGUCAGUUUUCUGACUCUGUCGCGCCGCCUACCUCACAGACGUUUGUGAGCACUCACUCAGGUGAUGCGGGUAAGCGCCCAGAGUGCGCCUCGCGAGCUGUCACUCAGCGUGCGGGGCCUCGGAAGGAGGGAGUCAGGCCGCUGGCUCAACUGGCUGCAGCAGAAAACGUCGCGGACGGCUGGGCUCGGCGGGGUCACAGCGGCCCUCAGCCUCAGGUAACCAUGUGCGACCGAAAGGCAGUGAUCAAAAAUGCCGAUAUGUCGGAGGAGAUGCAACAGGACUCCGUGGAAUGUGCUACUCAGGCGUUGGAGAAAUAUAACAUAGAGAAGGAUAUUGCGGCCCAUAUUAAGAAGGAGUUUGACAAGAAGUACAACCCCACCUGGCACUGCAUCGUGGGGAGGAAUUUCGGUAGUUACGUGACACAUGAAACCAAACACUUCAUCUACUUCUACCUGGGCCAAGUGGCCAUUCUUCUGUUCAAAUCUGGUUAGAAGUGGACUGUACCACAUCCCCAGUGAUCCAUCCAAAAAUAAGGAUUGCAGCCUAAAUUCCAAAUACCAGAGACUGAAAUCUUCAGCCUUGCCUAAAGGAACACCUUGAUCUUGAAAUCUUGAACCAUUAUUGUGUUUGUACAGGGCAUUCUCUGUACUCAUUUGUUGUGGUUAUAAAACAAUUAGCAAAACAGCUUACAUUUGUAUUUAUUUUCUAUUCCAUACCUCUCUGCUCCAUGUUUUUCCUCCUCAAAAUCCAUUCCUUUUCCCCCCAAAAUAAAUCUGUUGGAGAACUUUGUGUUACAAU